AUGGUCAGUCUACAGCCCUUCCACCAGCUCCGGAUGAAUGUUUCCGCUCAGCGAUAGUCCCAACUGACCCCUCCGCCACUCCCGCUUCACUGCUCGCUGCCUCAUCCAACCUCGCUGCCUCUUCGAAUCUUACCACCAUCCUACAGGCCAAAUCACUCAAGUCUAAAUCCAAGCGAGCGUUCCGAGCGAUCAAGCGAACGGACCCCAAGUACGAUCCCGCAAUGACUCUGUACCCAGCACUUCCCGCAAGAUCCAUAACCUGACCUCCACUGGCUCAUUCCCACUCAGCUCGGUCUUCAAACAAGCCGACGACCUGCGCCUGCAGAGGCUCUCGGCCAAACUCAAGGCUUCGGCUCUGAAGCCUCGGGAAAGGACUGACAAGGAGGAAUGGGAGAGGAAACAGGAUGGGUAUGAAACUGAGGAGGAGGGCGAGGGCGAGCAAGCUGCACCGAAGGAUGCCAAAACUGAGGAUAAGGUUGUUGGUCAGUUCGGGAAUUCUUUGAAACGAGGACGUACCCAGGAGCUCUAGUACCGAUCGCCGUACUGGUCUCGAUUCUGACCUUACAGACGAGAUGGCCGUCGAUGGUGAGCAAGCCGAGACAAGCGAGCCCGCUCCCAAGCAAAAGAUUUCGACUUCGGGUCCGAGGAUGACCCGCAGAGAGGUGUUCAGGACCGAGAAGAACUUUAUGGUAAGUACAAGUGGUUUUGGUCUAUUCCUAUGACCUGACCCGUUAUCUGAUCUUGUGCCCUCGUCAACUUUUAGGUUCGACCGACACCCAAGACCGUGUUCCCGGCCCGAGGGGAGAAGAAGCGAACGGGGCUCGGCCGAUCUCGUAGCAAGCGAUGA